AUGUCGCUAGGAGAGCUGAGAGGAAACGAAGGAAAAAUCCCUGCCACGGUGCAGCAGCCUGAGCGCGAGAACAUUAGUGAAGUCUCCCUGAGGUCAGGGAAGGUAUACCAGAGCCCCAGCCUACCUGUGGUACCACCAGUAUCUAAGCCUGGACCGAGCCAAGAAGAAGAAGGAAGGUCCAGUCCCCCUGAUCAAGCUAAAGGAAGGGACAAAGGGAAAGCGAAAAUGGGCGGCGAGCCCUCAGGAGAAGGUCAAGGAGAAGAAGCUGAGAAGGUCAAGCCAUACCCAUACCGCGGAAUGGUCACUGGGAAGAGAGACGCCACGAUCGAUGUGGCCAGUAUGGUCAAAGAUGUGGAAGUCAAGGUGCCACUCUUGACGGCAUUAAAGAUGCCCCCAAUCAGCAAGUUUAUAAAGGACUACCUGGCAGGGAAGGUCAAUGAAGAAGGGAGAAUGAUUACAGAUGAAAAUGUCUCUUCAGUAAUCCAGCGGAGCGACCUUCCAUCAAAGAAGACCGACCCAGGAAUGUUCACACUCCCAAUUUCGAUCGGAGAUAUUCAAGUGGAGCACGCAAUGUGCGAUUUAGGGGCAUCCAUCAAUGUUCUGCCAUAUGCUAUUCAUAAAAAGCUGGGAGAAGCCAAGCUCGUCGAUACUGAUAUCAUGAUACAGCUGGCCGACAGAUAUUGCAUUCACCCGGAGAGGAUUCUGGAAGAUGUAAUUGUGAAGGUGAACAAUUUUCUGUACCCAGCCGACUUCUUCGUCAUCAAGAUGAUAGAGACAGCAGCGAAGGAGUCCAGCGGAGUUCUGUUGGGAAGACCAUUUCUGUCAACGGCCAGUACUAUAAUCGACGUCUGUAAUGGGACGAUCAGUCUGGAUUUCAACGGAGUACAAUUCAUGUUCAACAUUGACGAAGCAAUGAAGAGGCCGGUGAUAUACUCGGUGGACGUGACCGAACCGCUGGUACAUGAGUAUCUGGAGGAGGAGUUCCUACAAAGGCAGUUCACUGACUCCGCUGCGGAUGAAGAGGUUGAGAGAGAAGUCGUUGAAUGGUAUGAAGCCAUGAAUGUCGGUGAAAUGGAUGAUCAAGCCAUAGCGAAAGCGGUGAUGGAUUUUUGA